CCUUGACUCACUAUGGUUAGGUAACACUAUUUUCUGUGUCUUUCUUUUGUCUCUCUAUAAAAACAUUGUUUCUUUCAACUUUCUCUCUUUAUUUAUCUCUCUUUUCAUCAGAUCAGUGUUUCAUCUUCCAGAUCCUCUGGCAUACAUGGACAUCAUAAAGGAGCUGUAACAACAGAUUUGAGAUCCCUAGUUUGACUAUCACGCAGGCCUAUGCUGUCGGUGGUUUUCGAAAACAUGGGCUCGUUGUGCAGCAGAAACAAACACUACAGUCAAGCCGAUGAUGAGGAAAAUACUCAGACUGCAGAGAUAGAAAGACGGAUUGAACAAGAAACAAAGGCAGACAAGCAUAUUCAGAAACUUCUUCUACUUGGUUCCGGAGAUUCGGGGAAGUCUACGAUUUUUAAACAGAUAAAACUCUUGUUCCAAACUGGCUUUGAUGAAGCAGAGCUAAAGAACUACAUCCCUGUGAUUCAUGCCAAUGUUUAUCAGACAAUAAAAAUAUUACAUGAUGGAUCAAAGGAAUUAGCUCAAAAUGAAUUAGAGGCCUCAAAGUAUCUUCUAUCAGCUGAAAAUAAGGAGAUCGGCGAGAAGCUUUCAGAAAUUGGAGGCAGGUUGGAUUAUCCUUGCCUGACUAAGGAUCUGGUGCAGGAUAUUGAAGCUCUUUGGAAAGAUCCUGCUAUUCAAGAAACUCUGUUACGUGGUAAUGAGCUUCAGGUUCCAGAUUGUGCCCAUUAUUUCAUGGAAAACUUGGAGAGAUUUUCUGAUAUACAUUAUAUUCCAACAAAGGAGGAUGUUCUUUUUGCCCGGAUUCGAACGACAGGUGUCGUUGAAAUACAGUUCAGUCCAGUUGGAGAGAACAAAAAAAGUGGAGAAGUGUAUAGGCUUUUUGAUGUUGGAGGUCAGAGAAAUGAGAGAAGAAAGUGGAUUCAUCUAUUUGAAGGUGUAACAGCAGUUAUAUUUUGUGCUGCUAUUAGUGAGUAUGAUCAAACUCUAUUUGAGGAUGAAAGAAAGAACCGAAUGAUGGAGACCAAGGAACUCUUUGAGUGGGUCUUAAAGCAACCAUGUUUUGAGAAAACUUCCUUCAUGCUGUUUCUCAACAAAUUUGAUAUAUUUGAGCAGAAGGUUCUGAAAGUGCCCCUCAACACUUGUGAGUGGUUUAAAGAUUACCAGUCAGUUUCAACAGGAAAACAAGAGAUUGAGCAUGCUUAUGAGUUUGUAAAGAAAAAAUUUGAGGAGUCAUAUUUCCAAUGCACUGCACCAGAUUGUGUGGACCGUGUGUUUAAGAUCUAUAGAACCACAGCCCUUGAUCAGAAGCUUGUAAAGAAGACGUUCAAACUGGUAGACGAGACCCUGAGAAGGAGAAACCUCUUUGAAGCAGGUUUAUUAUGAAAUUCUUUAAAUUUUCAAAAAAAAAAAAAAAACAGAAAUGUUCAUACCUUUGAAAGAUGCAUACAAGUUUUGAACAGUGAGGUUCAAAUACAGAAAAAACAGGCUAUGGUGGGGUUGGGGGUAUCAUAUCAGAUUCAACAAUUUAAGUUUUGUCCAUGUUAGGUCUCUAAGCACAUAUUUCUUUCUAUAUCCCGGUAUUGUUAUGUUCUACUUACAAAACAGAUGGAUCAAAACAAAAAUUGAUAUUCUAUUGAUGUUCAUUUUGUUGAAUGUUGUAACAUUCUCACAGCGCGAAGUUGUACAUGCAUUGUUGGUUAACCUUUUUCUAUCUCGUGCUUUAUUUAGUUUAUCGUUUAGCUCUUA